AGAGGGUAGCUUCGAGGAAGUGACGCUUUGAGGACCAGGGCAAAGGAAGUUUGCUUGGCGGUGCUGAACGAAACUUUUCCCCGGAGCGAUAGCAUAUACGAUCUGGAAUCCUGGAGAGUUGUACCGCUGGAGAGGUUGACCCAGCAGCCGAGGAAACCUUUGUUUCCCCCAGUAUAGCAAUAACUUGUACGGCUGUAGAUCGAAGAAGGAUCGCUAAGGAAUUCCAGCCCCUCUCCUUUCCCCUACCACCCGAUUCCCUUUUCGUCCCGCGAUGGGGAAGGAGCAGGAACUCCUGGAGGCGGCGCGGACUGGAAAUCUUGCUGCCGUGGAAAAGCUUCUUUCAGGCAAACGACAAUCGACUGGAAGUGGUAGUGGAUCAUCUGGGACGGGUGGAGGUGGCAACAGCGGCGGUCACGGUGCCUCCUCUCACCCGCUUUCCAGCCUGCUCAGCAUCUGGAGGGGUCCCAAUGUGAAUUGUGUGGACAGCACCGGAUACACUCCUCUCCACCACGCAGCCCUGAACGGUCACAGUGAAGUGGUAGAGGUGCUGCUACGUAACGAGGCCUUGACCAACAUCGCUGACAACAAGGGCUGCUAUCCCCUCCACCUGGCUGCCUGGAAGGGAGACCAGCGCAUCGUCAGGCUCCUCAUUCACCAAGGACCCUCACACCCCAAACUAAACGAACAGAGCUCUGUAGACCACAGAGAGUUCAAACGCUGUGGCCCCUUUGAUCCAUAUAUUAACGCCAAGAACAAUGAUAACGAGACGCCACUCCACUGUGCCGCCCAGUACGGCCACACCCAGGUGGUAUGCCUGCUGCUGGAGGAGCUGACGGACCCCACCAUGCGCAACAACAAGUUUGAGACGCCCCUGGACCUGGCCGCCCUCUACGGCCGGCUGGAGGUGGUCAAGCUGCUGCUCAGCGCCCACCCCAACCUGCUGAGCUGCAACACCAAGAAGCACACACCUCUGCACCUGGCCUCACGCAACGGCCACCUGGCCGUGGUGGAGGUGCUGCUGGACGCCGGCAUGGACAUCAACUACGAGACGGAGAAGGGCAGUGCCCUUCAUGAAGCAGCUCUCUAUGGGAAGACAGACGUUGUCCAGAAACUCCUGAGGGCAGGUAUAAAUGUGAACGUGGUGGACUACAAGGGCCUCACAGCGCUGGACACUGUCAGAGAGAUGCCCUCACAGAACAGCCGACAGAUAGCUGCCCUCAUCCAAGGUCACCUGAGUGGAAAUCCUCCAGAUUUAGCCCUCCCUCCUCCUCCAGUCCCCCCACCUCAGGAGAGCCCCAGUCCCAGGAAAAAAGGUGAGAUGGAGCAGGUGAGUGAGCUGAUCUCAGGGCUGGCCCUGAGGCCGGAGGAGGAGAGUCCGUAUGAGGCCCUGUUUGAAGCCACGUCCUGCCACUCCCUGGACAGCCUGGCCAGUGGCAAGUCCUCCGACAGAGACUCUGGACGGCCAGACAGUGACGCUGGCAAGAAAGACCGUCUGGGCCACCCUACCCACCCUGCCCCAGGCCAUGAGGACGAGGCCCUGCACAUUAACAGCUGCAGUGAUGAGAGGCGGGGCCCGGUGGAGGAAGAUCACACCUACGAGCUGCUGCUGUCUGCCCAGACCAAAGGACCCCCGCCCUCCCAGGACCCCCCAGCCCAGAAAGAUAAAAAGGAUAAAAAGAUCAUGUCUUCCAACAGCCUCCUACCUCAGCCACGGAAGCCCACCGCCCCCAUUGAGCUGCGUCCCUCAGGCCAGAUGGGAGAUACCCUGCACCCCCCCGGACCUGCACCUCUGGGGCCGGGGAGGACAGGCCAGAGAGCCCCUGGAGACAACGCACUGCUGGGCCAGGACCUAGGUGGAGGCGUUCCAGAGCAGUUCACCGGGCUGCUGCACGGGUCAUCACCUGUCUUCGACAGCCGGGAGGAGCCCUUCAGACUGCCAGGUGCAGAGGCCCCGCCCAGUCAAGGCCCAGAGCCAGCCGGACCAGCCAAAGCCUCUGCCCCCGCUCCUGUCCCUGUCCCAAUCCCAACCCCUCUCCCGCCCCCCGCUCCAUCCCCGACACGGGCUCCUCCACCCCCUAGGCCCAACAUGGCCGCCAUCCUGACAGACUUUGACCCCCAAGCCAUCUAUGCCACUGUGAACAAGGAGCCCAGGGAGCCGCCUGCCGCCUUGCCCGCUGGCAGGAUGCGCCCGCCCGGGGACCUGAAGCUGGCCCGCAGCCUCUCCAAGUCUGACUCUGACCUGCUGGUGUCGCCCCCUAGCGAGGAGGAGGGCGGGCUGGGCAGCCGCAGCGAGUCAGUAUCUAACUGCUGCAUGGGCAAGAAGAGGCUUGAGAAGUCCCCUUCCUUCACCUCAGAAUGGGACGAGCAGACCCAGAUGGCUGCCCCCGCCGUACAGCUUCGAAGGGCUAAGUCCUUACAGAACAUUGAGAAGAUCAUGACGCUGAUCGGAGCUGGAAUCGAUUUCUCCAGGGACCAGCAGUAUGCCACGCCAGGUGCGUCCGGGCGGCUGCUGGAGCAGCCCGUGGGGGACUGGCUGGAGCAUGUGGGCCUGCCGCAGUACGAGAGCAAGCUGCUGCUCAACGGCUUUGACGACCUGCGCUACAUGGGUAGUAAUGUGAUGGAGGACCAGGACCUGAGAGAGAUAGGGAUCACAGACCCAGGACACCGGAGGAAGAUUCUGCACGCUGCUAGAUCUCUACCGAAGGUGAAGGCCCUGGGCUGUGACGGCAGUAGCUCUCUCUCCUCCUGGCUGGAUAUCCUGGGCCUGCAGGAAUACAUCCACAACUUUCUGUCCAGCGGAUACCGCAACUUGGAGUGUGUCAAGAACCUGUGGGAGCUGGAGAUCGUCAACGUGCUGAAGAUCACCUUGCUCGGACACAGGAAACGCAUCAUCGCCUCUUUGGCCGAACGGCCCUAUGAGGAGCCUCCUGUCAAACCGCCACGUCUGUCCCAAAUAAGGUGUCUGGAUCUACCAGGCUCCCAGACCUCCUCUCCUCUCAGUCAGAUGGACUCCUACACAGGCCGGUCCAUGGACCCCCUCCUGCCCCUGGGGGAUUCUGGGAGGAGGAAGGACCCUGACUACGACGUAGCCCCCCGGGGCCGCAGUGAACGCCACCAGUCUCAUGAGAGGUACGAGGACCGUCACCGGGAGACUCGUCUGACCCUGCGGCCCCCCAGCCUGGCGGCCCCCUACGCCCCAGUCCAGAACUGGCACCACCAGCCUGAGAAGCUCAUCUUUGAGUCUUGCGGCUAUGAAGCCAAUUAUUUGGGCUCCAUGCUGAUCAAAGAGCUGCGGGGAACUGAGUCCACUCAGGAUGCCUGUGCCAAAAUGAGGAGGUCGACUGAGCAGAUGAGGAAGGUGCCCACCAUCAUCCUCUCGAUCACCUACAAGGGCGUCAAGUUCAUUGACGCUGCAAACAAGAACAUCAUAGCAGAACAUGAGAUCAGGAACAUCUCGUGUGCGGCCCAGGAUCCCGAGGACUUGUGUACCUUUGCCUACAUCACCAAGGACCUGCAGACCAGCCACCACUACUGCCACGUGUUUAGCACCGUCGAUGUGAACCUGACCUAUGAGAUCAUCCUGACGCUGGGACAGGCAUUCGAGGUGGCCUAUCAGCUCGCUCUCCAGGCCCAGAGGACCAAGCAGCACCAGGGCGCCCAGGCAGGACCUGGGUCAGAGGUCAUUGAGACCAAAUCCAGCCGACCCGUCCCCAAACCACGGCCCAGCAUGCGGAAGUCAGGGGUGGACUCCUUAGACCUGGAGGUGGACUCCCAGUCCCAAGGCAGUUCUACAUGGCUGGUGGAUCCCAAGGACUCCAAACGCACCAUCAGUACCAAGAGACGGCCACUCUGAGGCGCUCCUCAAGAACGUUUCUCUGUCCAUCUUUUCUGAACGCUUGCGACUUCUGACUCAAGCGUGGAGAAAUCAAAUGUUUCGCCACAGCCAAGGAUCACCUACAGGGAGGGGACUGUAAGACUGACCACAUUGUUCUAUGCAUCAGUAGGACAUCCACCUUCUCUGUUCAAAGGGAUGCCACACCUGGCCCCUUGACCCAGGACAGAACCCACUCUCAACCCAGAGGACUCAGUAGGCUGACCGUGCUCCUGCUGUCACACUUGCCCUCUGUUUGGUGCCAAGCUGCCAAAGGAGCCAUGGGUCUUAGCACUGUGAUGUGGAGUCUGCAUGGAGAGGAGCUAAUGCAAUUAGCAUUGAUGAGGCAUUUGCUAGAGGAGCGACAGUGGGGUAGAGUAGAGAGGGGGGAGCGGGGGAGGGGGGUCCUCCAUGAACGUCCCCUCUGUCCCAGACAGCCCUGCGAAGGAGCAUGCCUUUCUGUGGUUUUAUUCUGUUAAAACCUUGACUUGACAAACCAAGUUGAUCUUUUCAAGUGGGGCUUGGGUGCCUGAAAAUAUUUGCAUCCAAAAAUAUAUGAUAAAUCGAAUAGACUGUUCAUGUUUUGAGCCAAAGAGAUGUACAACGCAUGAAUUCUACUGACCACAACUUCUAGACUUUGCGUGACGUUAUUUGUUGUGAACCCAGUACAGCAAUCAAUAAGCGAAAUGAUCAGUAUCUGUUAAUACAUUUGAUGGUUCAUCAGGUCCCAGAUACAUAUUUUACAACCCAAGCAUGUCGCAUUGGAGAAAGUUUAUGCUCGUCUAGAAACUAUUCUGACCAAUUUACAUCUAAUCUGCUCCAGGCUGAAAUGUGAUCACUGGAUCACUGGAAGUGCAGUGCAUUCAAUCCUCAUUUGAAGAUGUAUUUAAUUUGUAAUGAAUUGACAUGUGAAGAACUGUGUUUCAGUCAACCCAAUGAAGGACUCUUUAAAGAGGAAAACUUUCCUUCUCUUUUACCUUCCCUUAUUUUUAUUAACUCAUGCCUUUUAUGUGUCAAUUUUUUACUCAAAUGCCUUUGUUUGUUUUGGAAUCCAGACAAAGUUAAUAUUUAAGUGCUGUUUUUGGAGUCUGUUAAUGAUUAUAUAUAAAAUCCAAUUUAUUCUCUCUUUUUUUUUUUACACAUCUGGCCCACCAUAUCAUGUUGUCUCUUUUUUUUAACCUCAUUGUCGUGUGUGUCUGUGUGUUUGUGUGUGUGUGUGUGUGUGUGUGCGUGCGUGCGCGUGCGUGCUGGUGUUAAUGUGUUUAUGUCCGUCCAUAUCUGUCUCCCUUCUUCCCUGUAGUUGACUGUGGCCCGACCCCAAGCCAAAGUGAGAAGGACAGGGGUCUACCACGGUACUGCAUUCUGGGUAGGAUAAACCAAUGAGCCCACCUUCCUCCCUUGCAGCCCGCUAUUCGCUGGGACCAUUCUAACAUGCUACUGUACCAGACAGGGUCAACAGCUUCCUCUUCUCUUAAACCCCCUGUCAACUGGGGGCCCCUCUCCUCUGAUACCUUGUGGGUGGUGACAGAUAGGCAAACAGACAGACAUCUACUGCUCCCUUUCAACCCCAUCCAUCAGACCCAACCAGCCUCACCAAGACCCCACCAAGACCCCACACCCCUCACCGACAUACACUGGACAGUCAGUUAUCCAGCGAAAAUGUAAUAAUGUGGUGGGGAUUAUUUUCAAGCGCUCCAUCUUCCUAAUCAUCUUCCCCUCCUAUUCUGUCAUGGUACUAAUAAGAAAAUAUGAACCUGAAAAGCUAGAAAAGGCACUCUGGGUAAAACGUAUACAGUACGAGAGUCAAGUUCUUUCUUGUAAUUUAUAUCCAUAAAAUCACAAGUUAGAAUUCCCCCAAUAUGUUGAAGCCUCAAACUGUUUUUCCCCAGAAAUGCUGUUUUCCAAUGGGGGUUGAGAUCAUUUUUACUGAAAUGGGGUAUUUAUCUGGCGGUCUCAUUGCAGUACCUGAGGUUAAUGAAAAACGAAUUGAGAAAAGGCAUACAUUCAGUUCAUCUGCACUGCUACUCAUAAGUUACUCAUGUGGGUACGAAUAAAGAGUUAGAAAACAAUGUGAGAUUGUGAGUAUGCAGACACUUCCUCCUAAGUAUGUCAUCGCCUGCUCUGUAGAAUUAAACCUUUUACCUUUUACCCCUAACACAAAACUGUGAUUGUUAGUGCAACCGUGAAUGGGAGUAAGUCAGUGACCUGCUUUGGGUCUGAUAAAACGACACUACAAAGACUGUUUUUAACAAGGGGAAUGGCUUUCAUUUGAUUUAAUAGUUGUAUGUUUUGUAUUCUUGUAUGUUUUAACUGUUUUGAUGCUGGAAACGAGGACCAGGCUGGUAGAAGAGCUCUUGCUUUACCCUGACCCCCUUCCUCUGUUCAUUCCAACUGGUCCAUUAGCAGAAAGGUUUAAAUAUGGUACGCUACACAGCACCUCCCAUAUCCUGGUACCUAUUUGUAGUACUUUGUGGUCACUGGUGUAUUUAGACCAUGUGAAUAUAUUAUCCGGCCAUUACAGUUAUUACACAGUACGUUUCUAUUACACAGUACUAUACAUGGUCAGGCCAGUAUGGUAACUAUGGUACACUGUAAUGAGCUUAGCUGCCUGGUCCUGUCUCAGUGUUUGCACAUUUGCUAAGGAUCAUGGAUAAGAGGUACGUUGGUGAUGAUUCUGAUGAUAUGGAUAGUGAUCAUAAUGAGAUAUUGAUAUUGGAUUGUAAAUUAAUCUCUAGCAGUCUGUAUUUUGAUACUUGAAUGAUUUGCUUUUAUAGAUAUCUAUAUAUAUAUAUAUGUAUAUGUAUGUAUGUAUGUAUGUACGUAUGUAAUUUUUGCCACAUUUGUCAAAAGAGAAAAACAACUAUGUCUUAUAACGUUCAACAUAUCAUGACUACCCAGCGAUUAAUAAGAGACUGAGAGAAAUGACUCAGAAGAGGGACCUCACAGCUAUACAGGCAAAAAGAGUGUGUAAAUAAUCUUGGGCUUCCAGUCUUUUUUAUGAUUAUUAUUUUUCAUAAUUGUACAACUAAUAAAUGAAGCAAUGAA